AUGAGGAAAUGCAAAGAGCUGUUCUUGUCAAGGAUUCGGGACUCAGAUUUGGAUCAACUUUCUGCUCUAGAGGGAUCGCAGUCUGCCAUGAAGGGUUGUCUCAUCCUCAUGCUCUUGAGCGCCACUGGAGUCACUCAGAAAAAUAUUUCUAUUGAAAAGAUAAAACUACCAGAUGAUCUUACAAUUCCUUACAUGGUCUAUCUGCAGUCCAGCCCAGAACCCUGCGUUGGGGCUCUCAUCCACCCUCAGUGGGUAUUGACAGCUGCCCACUGCCCCUUACCUGUCAAAAUUCGACUAGGAGUUUAUCAACCCAGCAUCAAAAAUAAAAAGGAACAGUUUCGGAAUUAUUCAUUGACUGUGUCUCACCCUGACUUUGAUGCCUACUCUCUGCAAAAUGACCUGAUGAUGAUAAAACUCUCCAAGCCUGCAAUGCUCAACACCUAUGUGGGAACCAUCGCGGUCGCUUUGGAGCCCACGGUAUUUAAUGAGUCCUGCUUUAUCUCCACCUGGACCUGGGAUGACUACAAAAACAACAGUGACCCAGACAUCAUUACAUGGAUAAGCCAAUACCCUCUCUCCUCCAGUGACUGCUACAAUGUACUCCAACAACAAGAAAGAGCAAAAGUAAACAUCAUGUGUGUGGGACAACCUCUAAGCCUCAUAACUAAAAUAAAGCAAGAAGUUUCAGCUGCUCUAGCCAUCUGCAGUGGGAGGUUGCAUGGAAUCUUGAGCUGGUCAAAAGGAGGUUAUACCCUGGGAAAUGAAGGAUUCUUCACACGAAUUCAUGCCUAUGCAAGAUGGAUCAUGAAAAUCAUGGAAUCUUAUUGA